UAUGUACAUUACUGGAACGACGAUCAGAAAUUAAUUGAUUCUGUUUUUCUCUCAUAUAAGAAGAGGGAAAAGAAAAGGUCUAAAAAAAGAAGAUAGAAAGAGCCGAACCAAUUAAGGAAAAAGGUUAAUUUAUCGGGAAAGAAUAACACCAUUUUAAGUAAACAUGAGGACGUGCUGAAACCAAUUAUUGUUUCUGCUCCCAAUUAGUUGUCUAAACGGUUGAUUUUAGUAUGUAGCAUAAAUAUUCACAAUUGUCAUCUCCUUCUUCUCUUCAUCAUCCCCUUUCUCUGUGCUCCACUUCCCUUUGCCGCCUCGCUCGUCUCUUCUCAAAAUCUUAAUAAUUUCUUCAGGGCACCCACAGUGCUCUCCAUUUAUUACUCUCUGGGGGGUAUUUGCCGAUGUGCAUUUUAAGGUAAGGCUUCUUCGAUGAGGGCAAGGAUCCGCAAGUGCCCUCGCCUGACGUUUCCGGUGGAUCCAUUCUACUGUUUACCGGAGUUGGUCAUCGUCGACAUCCUUUCCCGUCUCCCAACUAAAGAUGCUGUUAAAACAAGUGUGCUAUCCAAACGGGUGGAAAAGUUUGUGGACUAAUAUUGUCCCCACCUUUGAUUUUGAGUUACAGGGCCAAGAAGAGGAAGGUAACAAAAAGAUGGCUUUUGUGCAGUUUAUUAAUAACGUGUUUCUUCACAAUGUUGUUAAGAACUUGGAAAGGUUUCGACUUUCGUGGUGGCCUAAUGAAUCUGAAGUAGCUUAUCUUAACAUGUGGGUGCAUCAUGCCAUAAUUCAUCGAAAUGUUAGGAACCUUUAUCUUCAGAUCGGAACUGGUUUUGUUUGUGAUGUACCUGCGGAGCUAUUCACUUCUGGUAGCCUGGAAUCACUCAAUCUAUGUGGCCCGUUUGUUCUUAAGGUCUCAGACAGGGAAGUUUGUCUUCCCAAAAUCAAACACGUGUAUCAAAAUAUGAAUCGGGUGAGUGUUUGAACAAACUUGUCUCUGGUUGUCCCGUGCUUGUUUCUCUUACUUUUGGGUGUUGUGCCGAGGACAAGAUCAC